GCAGGAAGGGAAGGGCGCUGCGACCAGUGGCGGGCGGGAUUCGCGUUCCCAGACCCACGGGAGCACGAACUUUUCGCGCACCGUCUCACGCACGGCGACUGGGACCGUCCAGUUUCCGUCUUUGCCUUUUGGCUUUCUCUUGUUGUGACUCGUGCAACGUGUGGCCAGCGGCCACGCGGAGGCGACGAGGAACCACCCGACAGGACAAAGUGGGGCAGUCAACGUCCAAAUCCGAAAACCUAGCUAAGUCUGGGUUUUCGCCACAACCAAGAAGCCAACCAGAGCACGGUGUUGGGCUUCAAGUCCUAAUGAACAACGAUAUUAGCUCAUCCGUGGAAAGCCUUAACUCAGCUUGCAACAUGCAGUCUGAUACGGAUACUGCGCCACUUCUUGAGAGUGGCCAGCAUGACAGCGACCAGGGAGCAGCAUCUAGCUCCCGGGGUCAGCCACAGGCGUCCCCGAGGCAGAAGAUGCAACGCUCGCAGCCUGUGCACAUUCUCAGGCGCCUUCAGGAGGAAGACCAGCAGUUGAGAACUUCAUCUCUUCCGGCCAUCCCCAACCCGUUUCCGGAGCUCGCUGCUGGGGCCCCUGCGAGCCCUCCUUCGGUUGCUCCUAGCUCCUUACCACCUCCUCCAAGCCAGCCGCCUGCCAAGCAUUUCCCUCCAGGAUUUCACCUGUCGAAACUCACCCGUCCCGGUCUGUGGACAAAGACCACUGCGAGAUUUUCAAGGAGACAAUCUAAGAACCAGACUCCAGCCGAACCUGUGAAUCCAGUGGCACGGAUGCCCACUCCACAGAUGGAGAAGCUGAGGCUCAGAAAGGAUGUCAAAGUCUUUAGUGAAGAUGGGACCUGCAGAGUGAUGGAGAUUCUAACCGACAUGACAGCCAGGGACCUGUGCCAGCUGCUGGUUUACAGAAGUCACUGUGUGGAUGACAACAGCUGGACUCUGGUGGAGCACCACCCACAACUGGGAUUAGAGAGGUGCCUGGAGGACCAUGAGAUCGUGGUCCAAGUGGAGAGCACCAUGCCAAGUGAGAGUAAAUUCUUAUUCAGAAAGAAUUAUGCGAAGUAUGAGUUCUUUAAGAAUCCAGUGAACUUCUUCCCGGAUCAGAUGGUCAAUUGGUGCCAGCAGGCCAACGGUGGCCAGGCGCAGCUUCUGCAGAAUUUCCUGAACUCCAGCAGCUGCCCUGAGAUCCAGGGGUUCUUGCAGGUGAAGGAGGUGGGACGUAAGUCUUGGAAGAAGCUGUAUGUGUGCCUGCGCAGAUCUGGCCUCUAUUAUUCCACCAAGGGGACUUCUAAAGAACCCAGACACCUGCAGCUGCUGGCUGACCUGGAAGAAAGCAGCAUCUUCUAUGUGGUUGCUGCAAAGAAGCAGUACAACGCACCCAAUGAAUAUGGGAUAUGCAUCAAGCCAAACAAAGCGAAGACCGAGAUAAAGGAGCUUCGUCUGCUCUGUGCCGAAGAUGAGCAGAUCCGUACUUGCUGGAUAACAGCCCUCAGACUCCUCAAGUAUGGAAUGCUCCUGUACCAAAACUAUCGCAUCCCGCAGAGGAAGGGUUUGCCCCCUCCUUUCGCAAACCCACCUAUGCGCAGUGUUUCUGAGAAUUCUCUUGUGGCCAUGGAUUUUUCUGGACAAAUCGGAAGAGUGAUUGAUAACCCGGCUGAAGCCCAGAGUGCUGCCCUGGAAGAGGGCCAUGCCUGGCGUAAGCGAAGCACACGGAUGAAUAUUCUAAGCAGCCAAAGCCCCCUUCAUCAUUCGACUCUGAAUUCAGUGAUUCACAGGACUCAGCAUUGGUUCCAUGGACGUAUCUCCCGCGAGGAAUCUCACAAGAUCAUCAAGCAACAAGGUCUCGUGGACGGGCUGUUCCUCCUUCGUGACAGCCAGAGUAAUCCAAAGGCAUUCGUACUGACACUGUGCCAUCACCAGAAGAUUAAAAACUUCCAGAUCUUACCUUGCGAGGAUGACGGGCAGACUUUCUUCACUCUGGAUGAUGGGAACACCAAGUUCUCUGAUCUGAUCCAGCUGGUCGACUUCUACCAGCUCAACAGAGGUGUUCUGCCCUGCAAGCUGAAGCACCACUGCAUCCGCGUGGCCUUGUAAGUUCCUUGUCGCUCAGAGGCCAGAGGCAGCAACACUGGCACGGAGAAGAGAGUCUGCAUGAGGGUGAGAACACACACCCACUCCCACCCAAGGACUCAGAACAACAUGGCUUUUUGAUCGGUACCAACCGACCUACAUCAAUUAGUUAUUGGACUUCAUAAAGUUUUGCCGCUGCGGAUCAAACAGGACCACCUCCCUCUGCGUCAGUCAUUUAAAUUUGGGGGAGGGAGGAGACCCAGUGCAAGUGUGGGAGAAACUGGAAUGACGAUUCUGAUUAGGCCACAUAGGGUGAAAACCGCAGAGAAAUUAUUGGAAAGGAACUCUUGCCCUGGAAUAACCUUGACAAUUCAAACCGCGAUGUUUACUUUUUGUAUUGAUCACUUUUUUGCACUCCUUCUUCGUUGUCAAUGUUGUACUCAGCCUAUGGUAGGAGAGGAUGUGGCUUUGCAACCCAGAUGAGACAAAGAAUUUUUGAAUUGGCAGGCUUCGGCCUAGAAAUGGGUCCCCAAAGUUUUCCAAAUGGCAUCCUGCUCUCUGCAGGUCACAACAGUGUGGAUUUGGCUCCUACAUUAUAGACACCCCAGUCCUUCCCAUUAUACUUGAAAAGCUUUUUUUUUUUUUUAAAUAAAAUAAUAAAAUAAAAGGUGUCAACCGCAGUUGACACCAAGCAUGUUUUGUGGACGCAGUCAAGCUGCCACAGUCUGGUCAUCGUUGUUGUUGUGCUGAUGUCUGGUCGUUUAUUAUUAGUGUAUCUUGUUCUCCAUAGUGCCGGAGACCUCAUUACUUUGGAAAACUCACUGUUCCCCAGCACAGCACAGCUGCAUGACCUCAGCUUCAGACUGAUGUCAGCCAGCCUUCUUGGAACACAUUGGUAUUCAUUGUGGAUGCCACACAGUCCAUCUGGGGUGCCCUGUGCCUCCCAUUUUCACAGCCGCCCACUGUUGUAGAAUAAUCGCUGCCUUUACCCUCUGCAGUAGCCUCAGUCAUUUCAGUUCUCCCACAGGGGCGGGGUGGGGGUGGGGCUAAAGGAUUGAAAGAAAAAAAUGCCAACUUGUUGGCCUUGUGCUCUGUCACUCUGAGCAUCUAUGGUGAUAAAGAGAAGGAAACACUGCAGAGGCACAGGCAUUGAGUCUUCGCUUGAUGACCUCUGCACCCUACUGAAAACCCCCUAAGCCAGCAGGAGCAGGGUAUGCAGAGGCUCUGCCUCUGCUGGCUUAGGGUGAGAAGUACCUCACAGUGGUGUGAACAUUGGACAGAUUUUAGGAGCAUGAUGUUCGCCUCCUCCUCCUCCUCCUCCUCCUCCUCCUCCUCCUCAGAGAGAGAGAGAGAGAGAGAAAGAGAGAGAGAGAGAGAGAGAGAGAGAGAGAGAGAGAGAGAGAGAGAGAGAGA